AUGUCAGUCGAAGGUGAAUUCUUCCUCUCGAUCACAGGAUCCAUCGAACACGCGGAGUUUUACGAUGUUGACAACGCCUACUGCAAAUACGGAUUUCACUUUGGUCCCGAAUGGAGCGUAGUUGCCGGUAUCGAGGAAGGUUUGACGCAGAUAUGCAAAUGCAGCAGCGAUCCACGAAAUCUGGCAGUCUGGAAUUUUCCGUUAGAAGUCACGUUCAAGAGUACCAACCCGCAUGGAUGGCCUCAGUUAAUAAUGUCUGUUUAUGGCUUGGAUAUCUUCGGCCACGACGUCAUCAGAGGAUAUGGAGUGUGUCAUUUACCGCUGAAAACAGGUCAACACGAGAAAAGAAUAUCCGUGUAUGUGCCUGAGUCCUCCUCGGCGUUGCAACGAUUUGCGGCCUGGUUAACCGGAAGAAGGCCAGAACUAAUUGAUCCGGCGAUAUUGGCUUCUGGUGACGGAAGGGAACUCACGCGCAUGAAAGUGGAGGGUAUUGUUACCGUAACAUUCAACGUGGUGCUGAAAGAUUUCUUCAAGUUGGGCUACAACAAUGGCGAGCAACGUAACAAGUAAUGAGAUUUGUUGGCCGACAUAAAACGUCCUCGAUUACGACAUUAAUAUUUCCUUUUUGCUUCCCGCGUCGGCGGCUCCGUAUCUCGUGUCAUCUUUCUUCGCAUUAUAUUUCAUUGACGGUGAUGCGUAUUUACAAGUGAAUAUUCGUGGAUGUAUCUUAUUUACCAGACCUGAAAGCGAACGACUAGAUUUGUGAAAAAUGAAAAGGCAAUGUUUAAUUGAAAUUAGAAAUCGAACAUGUACUUGCGAGUGUGAGUAAUAUUUUGUCGAGGAGCGAGUCUUCGAGUAACAUAAAAGUGUCGUAUAUACUGACCGAUGAAUUAACCUUUUCAUCGAUCUCUAACACCAAAUGUGGUUGAAAGAAUGUUAACGUGUUAUAACUUAAAUUGUAACUUGUAAAUAAUAUUGGAAUAUAUUUGGUAUUUUUUCCAUA